CGUCACACUGCUAAGCAACACACAACAACAAUAUCCGCAUUCAUUCAUUCAUGCACAUCUGAUUUCACACUGCUCUGGACAUUCUCUUUGUAAACUCGUCUAAAUCAAGUUGUAAUACCGGGUCGAGAGUCUUGUGUUUUUCUUUCUUCAAAAUAUUACUGCUCCUUGCCUAAGAACCAUCUAAACAUGGCUGUUGCCGUAGCACAAGAACCCAAGGGAAUGACCAGGCCUAAACGCUGGUCAGAGGAAGUAGAAGAGAACUACAGAUUCCAGCUGGCUGGAUACAGAGAUGCUGUUGAAUAUACUUCUAUUAAAAAAGAUGAGCCCAACCGAUGGCCCGAGACAGGUUAUGUGAAGAAGCUGCAGAGGAAAGAUGGUCUCUACUACUACUACAAUAGGAGCAGGGAAUGUGAAGAUAAAGACGUACACAGGACCAAGAUGUACACGUAUUAGAUAUUUAUUUAAGCUUGUAUAGAUUUCCAUUUAGUUCAUUUUCUGAUUAAAUGCAUUUUUUAUUGGGAGAAUGACGAGAAGAGAAUAUAUUACUUGUUACAAACUUUUUUUUCCUUUACGAUACUCCUAAUUUGUGUUUCAUGUUAAAGUAACUACUAAACUUUAGGAUCUGUUAAUUAUAUUUAUUGUUAUGGUCCUUUUAAAGUCUGUUUCUGCUUGUAUUAUGUACUGUAUUUCUUAUAGUUUUACAUUUUUCUUUUCUUGUAAAAAAUUUGUUCAUUCCAUUUAAAUUAAUAAUUUCCUGUGUUUUUUCCCCCCUUAAAGUUCAUGUUUUUUUGUUAUUGAGUGUCAACACAUGUAUGUUUUUCUAUUGACUGCUGUUCAUCAGAUCACAAGUCACACAUAGGUUUGCAUCAUCUCUAUUGAUCUUGCCACUGAAAUAUGAUUAGUGAUAUAUGAGAUAUGUUUUCAAUACCAAUGAAAAACAUGGCCUUUGUAAAUAGAAAAUUACUCCCAUCCCUUAAAUGUUGUAAAUAAUAGAAUUGUUAUAAAUAGAUAAUGAAGGGAGUCGUAUGGAAGUAUGAAAAUACCGUGUUCAAUUAGGACAAAUUUGUAUGUGUAGAUGAAGUGUUUGUUGUAAGUCAUUGUUGGAAGUACAUGUUAUUUACUUCACUCUGAUUUAUUUAUACCAAAGUGUUUUGAUAUCUAGCUGGUACUAGAAAUUGUCAUUGUAAUUUGGUAUGAACCUAGAGGUCAACCAAUGCCCUGGAGAAAUUUGUAUACACUAUUAGUGCAAGAAGCCUUUGUCAUUCUCCUUUUCCCAGAAGAAAAGAGUGGAUCUGGUAGGUUUUUUAAAUAAUUUGUUGGAGUCUUCAAUUUACCAAGUGUAGUGGAUUUGGCACAUUUUUGAAAAUGUAUUUUGGAAGAGAGGUUUGAUUUCUAAUGUCAUGAGUUUUGAUAUGGAGACAUUUUAUCUAUAUACACAAUUGACAUAAUAUAAAUUGUGCAUUGUAACCCAUCAUAUCAUGCUUCUUACCUCUAUCUGAAUAAGAAAUGUUGAAUAAUCUGUUGUAACUAGGGCACUGGGGUUAAGUAAAAUUUGCCUCUAGGAGUCUAGGGUUACAUUUCAGGAUUAUUAGCAUACUAAUGUAUCCUCAAAUAUUUUGUUUAUAAUAUGUAUGAGGCUCCUGCUAUGGCCACAUAAAAAAAAUAAAAGCACAAGUUGAAAACUGA